CAACAUUUUCCAGUACUUCAAUUAGAAACUGCUUCACUUUUCCCAAGUUCACUUCUUAUUUUCUUCUCAAAAUUGUUUCUUUGACUAAAUUCAGUAAAAAGCUAAAUUCAUUCUCUUAAUGGCAAAUUCUCUGUGUUUCACACCUUUAGCUUCAUUCAACUCUGUCAAUAAACCAGGUCUAAAUCUGAUUAAUGGGAAUUGCACUGGAGGAAAGAUUCAAUGGAUCAAAGAUGUUACCUACAGCUCCAAGAGUAACUUGAGAGUUGUGGAAGUGAAGGCCACUGACAGUGACAAAGACACGAAAGUAAGGAGCAUUGUCUGUCAAAAUUGUGAUGGAAAUGGUGCAGUGUCGUGCUCACAAUGCAAAGGCACAGGGGUUAACUCUGUAGAUCAUUUCAACGGGCGGUUCAAAGCUGGUGGACUAUGUUGGUUGUGCAGAGGUAAAAAAGAUGUGUUAUGUGGUGACUGCAAUGGUGCUGGAUUUCUUGGUGGAUUUAUGAGUACGUUCGAUGAGUAGACUUCAUUUGCACUAUUCUCGGGUAGGUUCAGAGGCAGAUCCAGAAUGUACACUUUGAUGAGUUCAAUCUUUAAAUUUUUUGCAUUGAACUCAUUGUAACUUUGAGGUUAUGAAUUCAGAAUUUAAUAUUUAUUGAAAUUUCAGUUAUUUUUCACAUAUAUAUCGUGCUCCUUGUCAAACAUACUGGAUUUUAGUUCAAUCCAUAAAAGUUAUGAUCCAUCCACCCCUAGGUUGUCAACAUUGAUCCCAAGAGAAGCAGAAAGAAGUAUUUGAUAAACAGAUUGUAUUAUCAUUUUCCUAUUCCAGUUUCACAUGUUCAAGAUUUCUUGAGCUUUAUAUUC